GUAGCUCGACAAAGACUAUUGGCACUACUGACUGAACGAAGCGUCCAUCAUAGGAUAGUAACGGUCGAUACUUAUAGUUUUAAAGGAGAAGCAUUGUAACCGCGAAAGCGAGCGGACGUGUGUGUUCGCUAUUAUAUUGAAUAAAAUCCUACAAAUUUGGGGGCUCAACCGGGAUGAAAAGAAAAGUGUCUACACAAAACAUUUGAGCAAGCAGUGGAAAAUUUAAUAAACAACAAAAAAUAAUAAAAGUGUUCAUACUCGCGCGCGCCGCUGUUCUUUCUAUCGAUCGUAAACGUCGACAGAGUUGUGAGUGUUUGUCAAUGUACUAAAUGCACACUGGUUAUAGUGUUAAAAAUGAAAAGCGGAAUACGAAGUAAAAAACGAAGGUGUAACAAAUAAAAAUUGAGUGCAUGAAAAACUAAAGAAAGUGUUUAAAGAUGAGAAACGACCAAAAUUAUUAAAAAGUCGAAAUAAUAACUAUAAGCGACGCGCAGACCAGUGGUAAAGCAACAGUUACGACGCUGCGCACUAUAAGCGACGCGCAGACCAGCAGUAAAGCAACGGUUACGACGCUGCGCACUAUAAGCGACGCGCAGACCAGCAGUAAAGCAACGGUUACGACGCUGCGCACUAUAAGCGACGCGCAGACCAGCAGUAAAGCAACGGUUACGACGCUGCGCACUAUAAGCGACGCGCAGACCAGCAGUAAAGCAACGGUUACGACGCUGCGCACUAUAAGCGACGCGCAGACCAGCAGUAAAGCAACGGUUACGACGCUGCGCACUAUAAGCGACGCGCAGACCAGCAGUAAAGCAACGGUUACGACGCUGCGCACUAUAAGCGACGCGCAGACCAGCAGUAAAGCAACGGUUACGACGCUGCGCACUAUAAGCGACGCGCAGAUCAACAGUAAAGUAACGGUUACGACGCUGCGCACUAUAAGCGACGCGCAGACCAACAGUAAAGCAACAGUUACGACGCUGCGCACUAUAAGCGACGCGCAGACCAACAGUAAAGCAACGGUUAUAUCGCUGAAAAGCAGAGGUGACGAGCAAGUGGCAUCAGCAACGAGUACAGUCAACAACCGAUAGUGGUGGCAGCGGUGGAAUAGCCGAUAGCAGUAACUGCAGAUUAGUAUCACUUAUUUUAAAUUAUUUAAGUUUUGAUUAAUUGUUUAGAUGGAAUGAGAAAUGCUAAUUUGAAUUUGUAAAAGUAUAUACCUAAAAGAUACGGUUGUUCGGAUAUAAAAUUGAAGUGUAAAUCGCCGAUUUAUAACAAUUGUAAGAUGGACGCUGAGACGAUUAGGGCAAUGACGGUAGAGACGCUGAAAGAAAAGUUAAGAGAGCUAGGGUUGAACGUUACAGGCAGAAAAAAAGAGUUGCAAUUGCGCCUGCUACAACAUUUAGUUUUUGGGGACGAGCAAGCUGAGGACGAAAGCGAGAAUGAAUCGACAAAUUCAUCUUACGCGGACGCCGUAGCUGCUUCAUCUAAUGCGCAAAAGAUGUUGUUUACACUAGGCGACGUUCAAGACAGCGUUUUUUAUGGAAAUGAUACUUGUGACGUUCACCACUGGGUUGUAGAAUUUGACGAGAUAGCUGACACGGUAGGGUGGAAUAAUCUACAACGGUUUGUAUAUGCGAAGCAGUUGCUCAAGGGGGCAGCGAAAUGGUUUGUGCGUGGGUUGGUGGGUGUAAGAGACUGGAGUAGUUUGAAGCGCUCUCUUGAUGAGUUUGGGGAAAAAAUAUGUGCGUCCGAAGUGCAUCGGGUAUUAAGAAAUAAACGUAAACAAACAAAAGAAAGUUUACAAGAAUAUUUAUACUCAAUCAUCGAAAUCGGUAAGCCAAUAUCGCUCGAUGAAAAGAGUAUAAUAGAAUAUUUUGUAGAUGGUAUACCUGACGCUAAAACAAACAAGGGAAUUUUAUAUCAAGCAAAGACAGUGGGCGAAUUGAAGGAACAAAUUCGCAUAUACGAGAAAGUUAGGGGUGUACAAAUUGCUGCAACCAAAGGAUACGGGGGACAGAUUGCGACCGAAAGUAAAGGGUUGAUGAAAAAGAAGUGUUUUAAAUGUGACAAAGAAGGUCAUAUAGCGAGGGACUGUCCGGAAGCCGGAUCGAGUAAGAUUAUUUGUUUUAAGUGUAAUAAAAAGGGGCAUUUUGCGCAGCAGUGUAAAGAUCAGAGAGACCGAAUGAUUAAAAGUGAGCGGGUAAAUACGGUUGAUAGCAAAGUGGAAACGUCUGCCAGUAAAGGUGAAAUGAUUUUCGUUGAUGCCACUAUCAAUGGCUUUACCUUUAAUGCAUUAGUAGAUAUAGGAUGCAUUGCGUGUAUCAUGAGGUAUGAUACCCUAUUGAUGUUAGGAGAGAUAGAUCUAACUGGGAAAAAACAGAGAUUGUUUGGUAUUGGCAAAGGCGUGCUUACGACAUUAGGCAGCUUUACGGCCGAAAUGACAGUAGAGGGACUGUCAUGGAACGUAACAUUUCACGUGGUUAGGGAACGUGAUAUUCCGUAUGCAGCAAUGAUCGGAAAUGACGUACUUCAGGAGGUUGAGUUAGUUUUUAGGAAAGGUAGUGUUGAGUUCAGAAAACCUAUGAAGGCUGGGAUAGCAGCGAGGCACACCGGAGCUGGGAUGGCUUCUGAGGGUGUGUAUGGUGGUGUUGAAGGGGUUGUGUCAACUCACCGUGAGUUAAGAGACUACGGGGAUAGUCAGGGUAAGGUUUUCAGGGAACAAAAGGACAUUACUAAAUCCGUAGUAGAAACAGGACCUGAAGUCAUGGGUGACAAAAGGUUAAUUGAAGAGUUUGAAGUACUGUGUUCAAUUGAAACUGGAAUAUGCGAGGAGACAGAUCGAGUGGAUCUAUCGCAUCUGUCAGCGCACGAUGCUAAAGUAGUAAGCGGUUGGAUUCAUAGUUACUGCCCUAAGAAGCCUAGUCAUAGGCCAGUAGAGAUGAAGUUAAUAUUGAAAAACGAAAAACCGGUAUUUCAGCGACCACGUAGGGUGUCGCAGGCGGAUCAGCAACGUAUUGACGAAGAGGUCGCACGGAUGCUUAAGGAGGGUAUUAUACAGAAUAGUGUGUCGGAAUACGCAUCGCCAGUUGUGUUAGUUACAAAGAAAAACGGAACAAAACGGUUUUGUUGUGAUUUUCGUAAAAUUAACGAACAAAUAAUAAGAGACAAUUUUCCAAUGACAGUCGUGGAGGAAGCGUUAGACAGAUUGCAGGGUGCAAAUGUCUUCACUACAUUGGAUUUGAAGAACGGAUUUUAUCAUGUGCCAAUAGAACCGGGUUCCCGAAACUACACGUCUUUCGUAACCCAAAACGGCCAAUAUGAGUUUUGCUUUGUGCCUUUUGGCAUCAAUAAUUCACCGGCGGUAUUUUGUCGCUACAUACGAGCGAUAUUCCAGGACAUGCUUGCGGAUGGAACCGUUAUAAUAUACAUGGACGAUAUCGUCAUUCCCGCCAAGGAUGAGAUAGAAGGUCGAGAGAAAUUAGGAAAAGUGCUAAAGCAUGCAUGUUCACCACUGGGCGUUGGUGAACGCGCCCACUUUGAAACUUUUCGAUCCAAAUGCAGAAACAGAAGUACAUUCGGAUGCGUCAAAAUUCGGGUAUGGCGCAGUGUUAUUGCAAAUGGACCCAGAAGACAAUCUAUUGCACCCCAUUGAAUAUAUGAGUCGUAAAACAUUGAGGACAGAAGAAAAGUACAGUGCGUUUGAACUUGAGGUUCUGGCAGCUAUGAAAGCCCUUAAAAAAUGGCGGAUGUACUUAAAAGAUAUUAGGUUCAAAAUAGUAAGCGAUUGUAACGCUUUCACUAUGACGGUCAAGAAACAAGACGUACCUGACAGAAUUAUGAGGUGGGCAAUGUACCUGCAAGAAUACAAUUAUGUAGUUGAACAUAGGUCAGGAACUCGCAUGAGACACGUAGAUGCUCUUAGUCGCGCAUACUGUUUGUUAGUAGAAAACUCGUUAAAGUAUAGGAUAAGGGAUGCGCAAAUGCAGGAUAACUGGAUAAGAGCGGUAAGGAAAGUUAUGGAAGUAGGACCAUACGAGAAGUUUUUUUUGAGGAAUGAGUUACUGUACAGUGACCCUGUUAAGGAAUUGUUAGUAGUACCGGCCAGUAUGGAAGACGAAAUUAUUAAGCUAGCACAUAGCCAGGGUCAUUUUGCAGCAAAAAAGACACAGGAACUGGUGGAAAGAAAUUAUUACAUACCAAACUUGAACAAAAAGGUGCAAAAUGUAGUAAGUUCAUGUGUGGAGUGCAUAAUUGUAGAUUCGAAGAGGGGUAAGAAAGAGGGCUUGUUGACGCCAAUCGACAAAACCUGUAAAUCAUUAGGGACUUACCAUAUCGACCAUGUGGGUCCUUUAACUGAAACAUGUAAAAGGUAUAACCAUAUUUUAGUUAUUAUAGACGCGUUUUCGAAGUUCGUUUGGCUGUACCCAACGAAAUCAACCGGGGUGGGAGAGGUAAUUGAUAAAUUAGAGAAACAAUCGACAGUUUUCGGCAACCCGAAAAGAAUCGUAACGGAUAGAGGGGCGGCUUUCACAUCAAACGUUUUCAACGAGUACUGCACCAAAGAGGGAAUACAACACCUGUUGAUUGCAACCAGUGUCCCACGAGGUAAUGGACAGGUGGAACGCGUUCAUAGGACCGUGGUUCCAAUGCUAUCUAAUAAAUGUCAAAGUAACCCGACUCAGUGGUAUAACCACGUCGCAAAAGUACAACUGAUUUUAAACAACACUGCACCUCGCAGCACCAAAAUGACACCCUUUAGAAUUCUCACAGGAUUGAACAUGCGUGUGACAGACUACCCAGAUUUACAAGAAAUUAUAAGAGACCUUGAAAUAGAAGAGUUAAAUGUAGAACGCGACUCAAUACGACAAAGUGCUCACGAAAAUAUAGAGAAAAUUCAGAAAGAAAAUUGUAAGACAUUUAAUCGAACACGGAAACAAGGAUUUGAAUACAGCAUAGGGGAUAUUGUAGCUAUUAAGAAAACUCAGUUUGGAGUAUCUACAAAAUUGAGACCGAAGUAUUUGGAACCGUACAAGAUAGUCGCUAAACUAAACCAUGACAGAUACGAGGUCGAAAAGGUAGGGAAUACGGAAUGACCAAAGAAAACGUUGACAGUUGCGGAAAAUAUAAAGAAGUAGACUUAAUUAUUCGAGGUCGAAUAAUAGGUCAUAACGGCCGAUUGUACUAACAAUACGGUAGCUCGACAAAGACUAUUGGCACUACUGACUGAACGAAGCGUCCAUCAUAGGAUAGUAACGGUCGAUACUUAUAGUUUUAAAGGAGAAGCAUUGUAACCGCGAAAGCGAGCGGACGUGUGUGUUCGCUAUUAUAUUGAAUAAAAUCCUACAUAC